AUGGCGGUGACUGCGGCCCUCUCUGCGGCGGCGGCGGCGGCAGCCCUGUCUAGCCUGGCAGUGCGACUGUCGCGUUGGGCGGCGACACGCAGCUCCUAUGGUGCCUUCUGCAAGGGGCUCACGCGCACGCUACUCACUUUCUUCGACCUGGCCUGGCGCCUGCGCGUGAACUUCCCCUACUUCUACAUGGUGGCCUCCGUGAUGCUCAACGUCCGCCUGCAGGUGCGGAUCGAGUGAGCAGACGCCCGCCGCCGCUGCGGAGAGGGCCACCCGCGCCUUCCGCGCCAUCGCCAUCCUGGCGGCCACAGGAAGGACAGCGGGGCCGCACAGUGCCUCGAGACUGCGGCGGGGGGCGCAGGCGGCACGGCCCGGGCCUCUCCAUUUUAGGUCUCUGCCGAGGGCCUAAGGAACCGCAUCCCACACCGCAAAAACCCUCACAGCCCAGCCCUUUCCCUCUGCAUCCAGAGAAUCACCAGUGUCUGGCAAACCUGUUGCCUCCCCAUUGGCUGAAAGCGGCACAGCCCAAAAGGAGGGAUGCUGCUACCACAGGACUUGAUUUACCAGGCCCUGUGCCUGAAGGCAUUGGUCUUCCCGAUGAUGGCUCACCCCUUCUCUGAACAGUUCAACUUGGAUCCUAGAGGUGCCACUGCUCCUGUGGCAGCCCGGGGAGCAGCUGAGAGAAAGGCCUGCCUAAAAGAAGGACCUUUCUGCUGAGCCCAGAGGGGUAAGGUGGCUCAGGUCUCCUGGUCCCUCCACAGAAAAGAUGCCAGUGUACCUUGGACACUGCUAUCUUCUAGCGACACUGUGAGGGAGAUGUGUUCUCCCAUCUCAUGAACUCGAUGGGGCUUAAGGAAGGGCCUGGGGUUUGCCCUUGUUACACAGAGAAGAGGACGCUGAACCAGCAUUCCUCCACCCUUUCUGCAGUUUCUUCAUGACCUGGCAGGACACUGGGGUUGGGAGGGAGUAGAGAGCUACCAAGGGACAUAGGGAGAAAGAGAGGCCAUGAGAUAGGGUAGCUAGGCAUCUGUACUUCAUUGGAGUGGUCUGGAAGACAGGUGAACAGUUGAUUUUAUAAACAGAGAAGAAGAUUCAAGAAUUUCCUAAAAUGUCUAGUCCCCCACCAGAGCCAAGCCCCCCACUUCUCUGGUGCUUGACCAAGGGCUCCUGAGCACUUGUGUGCUAGUGGAUUGCAGUGAUAAGUGCAUUGUGGUUAAUAGGGUCAUGAUGUCACUGGAAGGCCGAGGAGAUGUGGGCUGAGACCCACGGUAUGGCCCUGUUUCUCUGUUCCAGGCUUUCAGGCGCAUCCCUGGCAUCACAUGGGAAAUCUCGUCCAGAUAAGCUGAGAACAGCCUGUCCAGGAGGCCCUAUGUAGGCUAGAAGUUAUAAUCUCUAAAUGCCCAAGAAUGGCCCAAGGGAUACUUUUACUACUUAUCCCAUACUCCCCCAGCUCCUCUGGCACUGGUAUCUCAAGGUCUACUCCUUCCAUUCCUGAUACGGAAACCUUCAGCACGCCAGCCAGCCCCGGGGACAGAGUGGCACAACUGGCCACUCAGAGUCAGGGACCCAGAUGAAGAUCUCAGUUUGUCUCACCCAAAGGGCACAAACUGAAAGGUGGCUGCCAUGUGGCCUCUGCUGCUCAUCAUAAGACAGGGCUGAUGUCUCCCUUCUCCCAAGUUCCACUAGUAGUCCAUGUAUGUAUAUCUGAAUGCAUGUGUGUGCUUGUAUGUAAAUGUGUAUGGGGGGUGGAGCCAUUGGGUAGGGAGAAGAGCUCCUGGGGGUCCCCUGUUUCCCAAGUACAGGAAAGAUCAUGGACUACUAGGAGAAAUGAGUAUGAAGUCUGAGGCCCCUUCCUUCCUCUUAGACCUUAGACUACAGAAAGGCCCGUCCCUGAGCAUGCUCAGGCAUGGCUAUGGUGUGAGAUCAGAGGCACUGAUAUUGGGCUGGACUUUGGACCCAGUGCUGUCAGUCAGGAGGGGGCAGAGCUAAGACCCAACAUUGAGUUCAUGUCUCAUUCUGGUCCUGGUUAGUCUGUGAGCUUCUGCUUUCCAUCCCCUUAGCUACUCUUGUUCGUCCGUGGUGCCCUCUCUGUACGAUGUCAUGGCGCACUUUAUUUGCAGUCUGUAUUGCAGGCAGUGGAGCUUCAACAAAUUCAGAGACUUAACCUGGAUGACCUUACAUUUCUGUGUGUGAUGGGACUCUGAAUGGCCAGUGCUGUCUGGUCAGAGGUGUGGCUUCUGAAGUUGUCACAUGUUGUUGUCUCCCAAAGGUAAAAGAAAAUCUGUACACC